AAGCUGUCGAUCACAGCUUCACAAGAACUACAAGUUCAAGAAGAAACGAAGCUUGCCGCAUCCUUCUAUAAGAAAGUGACGUGACGCCAGGCGGUCAGAGUGUUGUGCUGCUUGAUCAGGCGAAGCAUUUCUCUUGUUAACAAGCCGCUCUGCUCAGAUCUCUUGCUGCACAUUUUGGAGUCUACGUCGCACACCACCAAGAAGAUGGAGACUGUUUUGAACAGGUUCAGUGGCUCUCUUGACCUUCCUAGGAUGCGGACGAGCCCACAUUGCACCGGGGGAUCACAAUCACCAGCAGAUGUAUCAGUAGAACAGCAUGCUAGGCUCAAUCUCAGAGUGCCUACGCAAUCGCAUGAACAGCUUAGAAACAAUAGAGGGAGUCUACGCCGCCGAAUGGGUGGUUCUUACAUAGGGAUCUCUGAUAGAGUGAACUUCUUUGCGAAGCUGUCAACAUGUCAGCAUUGGGGCCGAUUGUCACAUGGGAGAGAAGAGCAAAGUAGAAAAGGUGUAGCCAAGCCUGGAAGACAAGUGGGGAGGAACAUAAUGUGUACUGCUUUGCCUUCCGAGUCGGACAAGGUAGAAGCUGCCAGGUCAAAGAUCCGAGUGUCCCUGGAAGAUCUUGUCAGCAGUUUGGAGGAACUCUCACGCUCCCUACAAAGGGUUACUUCUUCUCUGAGCCACACCCUCUCGAGUCUUGACUCGGAGAUUGCUUCCAGCAACUUACCAAGCAUAGAAAAGCAAUACAUGCAGCAAGGCAGUUUCGGAAGAAGGGCUCAAAGUGAUCUUCCCAAUCAGUUUAGUGGCGAGGGCCUCCCAGAGGCAGAGGAGAGAAAUGCAGUUGUCAGCAAAGUCGCCUUCAAGCUUCAGCAAGCAUUUGUGCAGGCACGAGUGGACUUCUUGGGGAAGCCUUUCCAGCUUGCGCUUGAGGAGUUUGUGGACUGCACGAUGCGCGUGUACGCCUUGGGGGUGGACUUGCUCACUCUGCAGCUGCAGCUCGUGCUGGCGGAGCGCGCCUACUACGGAAAGGACCUCGCGGAGGACGUCCAGGAGAUGGUGACGCAGGAAGGCCACGUGCGAGCCAUGUGGAUACGGCUCGCUUACAUCACGCUCAACCACGCCGCGGAAGUGAAGGCUGCGAAAGAAGGGGACCAGUCAGCGGCCGACAUCCGGAUAGACCCCCAGGAGGACUUAGGCGGGCAGGGGCAGUUUGUGAAGUCGGUUAUCAAGAUGCACUUAGAGCAAGGCCUCACGCUUGACCGGCUGAAGUUAGAACAGGCUUAUGCCGAGAAGACGGACUCUCCUGCGAUAGAGGCCUUGCAGCAGAGCCACUACUUGAUUCUGAUGACCCUUGCAAAAGCUCUGGGAGAGUAUGAAUAACUCUCACCAAUCUGCCGCCAACAGCAGGAUUAACCUCUGAUGUAAUUGCUCAUCGGCAUUCUUUUGCAAUCAGAAGAGUGGAUUGAAUCAACACAAAACUAGUCGAUUGCCGGCUCCGACUAAAACCGUCGCUGCUGCGCCGUGAGCGCUCUAGUCACCAACCUGCAUGCUACGUUUCUCGUACUUGAAAAUGACCAACAAUUUUUAGCGCGGC